AUGCCAAUAUGCGACUUCGAACCUGCGGGUUCUGCAGUGAAGGCCUCAAAACCUAAUGAUACUCAGAAUACCUUGAAUAUUGAUGGUGCUUCGAAAGCCUCAGAACGUCAUGGUGUUGCGAAGGCCUCAGGCUGUAAUGGUGUGACGGAGGCCUCAGACUGUGGUGGCGUUGCGGAGGCCUCAGACUUGAACGGUGGCGAGAGGGCCUCGUUCUUACGAGUUUGUCUGCGCAAGACACAGCGCUUCG